UCGGCUAAUUCUUUAUUCUUAAAACACUCAUUGUUUUAGACUUAUUCAGCUGCUAAACGUUUUCCUGAUGUAAAAAUUACUUAAACUUGCAAUAAUGAAGCAAAUUUUAUAGUUUUACAGCUUUUUGUUAGUGCCUCAUAUACUUUAUUCACUAAUGGGACAGGGUUGUAUCUCGCAGGGCAAAAAACUGCUCGAGCUAAUAAGCUUUGUGUGGGCGUAAACUACAUGUACUUUUGAAGUGUUUAAGUACAUAUAUCAUUAGAUGUGUUGAUUAUUUUUGACAGAUUUUCAAGUGGUUGAUCAUGAAUUCUAUAUUAAUCUAUAGGUGUGCUCAUAUUUGAUAGGGAGCGAAUUUUCUUAGCGCAUAUAUCACUUAGGCUCUUAGCAUACUUAUUUUCUAAGGAAAUUGAUGAAUUUCACAAUUUUGACCAGCACUCAGCAGGCAACAAGUUGACCUUGUCGUAAUUGGCUUACAGCUUUGAAUCGCGGGACGCAUAUGUAAGUUGGCGCGAGAUUAGUGCAAUUAACUGACGAUAUGUUGACAAAAUAAUAAAAUAUUUGCCACUCAGUAUAUUAAGCUAUUCAUGUCGGCAUUUAAGGGUGCUAGUGAUUUAAAAAUGUUCAACCUGCACUUUAAAAUGUUUGUAUUUUAUCCCCUACCGCAAUUACUCAAGAAAAUUCUUGUGGUUUCAGGUGGUUGGAUCUACAGUUCUACUCAAGGAUUAAUGAAAAUCUUUUAAGGAAGGAAAUCAAACAUUGGCAUAGGGUUAAGAGUUGUUCCCGACAGUGUCUGAGCGUGUCAGGAAGUUUCACAGCUUAACAGUGUUUUUCCACAUGUCAUCAUAUCAUCUCUUGUGGAGUCCAGGGUAACAGCAUGUGUUUUGGACAGCACCCGUUAUAAAAUACCACAGCCUCGUCUAUCCACUUCAGUCAAUGCUAAGCUGCUCUGUCGUCAAGAUGGACAAGUUGUUCGCUGUUUGGUGCUUAUAUGAAUAUCAAAGCCCACGAUCAACUCCAACUAUUCGAAGAAAGCAGCGAGUGCUCACGCCGAAACUUAAAGUUCCGCUGAAGAAUGAAAAUCAACGGCAAGUUAAGUUUCGGUUGCUUACGAAAGAUGACAUAGAGAUUGUCCGUGAAAUAUACCAGCAAGGUCAUCAGGGCAGAAUUUUUCCCGCGUUUAAGAUUGGUAUCGCACGUUCCUUAUCUCUACUAACGAUGCUUAUGCUGUUUGCUCUACUCUAUAUCGCCACGAGAUCACUCCUUGUUUGCAUCGCCUUCGAACUUUUAUACACUUGCACUGUGCUGGCAUCAUUUCAUAAACUAUUCAAUGACCAUAUUUCUAAUAGUCUCCGCAAAGAUUUGGAGGACAUGACUGAAUAUUACAAGACGCAGGAAACGUGUACGAGAUAUAGUGACUUUGCCAGAAAUGGAUCCAGUAUUUGGGUAGCAGUCAAGGACAGCGUUGUAAUGGGUUUUGUCAGUUUCGCCCACGUUGACGAAGAAACUAUGGAACUCAAACGUAUGGGUGUAGCAGAACAAUUCCGGCGUAAUGGUGUGGGAGUAAGCCUUUGUCAAUUUGCGAUCCAGUUUCUACAAGCAACGAACUAUAAACGUAUUGUUCUCGAAACAACCGAAGCGCACCAGCCUGCAAUUCGUCUUUACAAAAAGUUUAAAUUUGAACUAAUGAAGAGACAGAAACGAAGUUGUGGACUUGCGUCAAUACAUCUUGAACAUUAUGGACUUCCUAUCAACGUAGCAAAUACAUUAAACAUUGCGCCUCCACAGACAACUCAAUUAAAACCUGACUGUACCCAUGCAAUUCCUAAACAUCUCAUCAAUUAUAUUCAUUAAAAUUGAAAAAUUAACAUGUUCGGAAAUUUUUAAAAUUAUAGGUAUAUAUAAUAUAUUAUGUGCAAUGCAGAAGAUAAUAUCUAUUAAUAUAACACUAUUUGGAAACAUAUAGGAAUAUAUGAUAAACUAUUCAAUGAAUACGUAACUACGGACUAUAUAGAUCUCAUUAAUAAUUCUCAACUUCAGUUUCUAGAGGGCACCAUUGUUUUAGUUACGGUGCGUAAUAUUAUAUGACUAAUAUAUACAUUAUAUAUACAAUUUGUAAUGAUAUAUGGCCUACAUUAGGCUAGUAUGGAAUAGAUUUCUAUUCUUUAUGUUCUUUCUAAGAACUUAAUUUUUUUAACACCUAAUAAAUUUUUUUA